CCCCCUCCCCAUCCGACUUGGGUCGCCUGACCGGCCUCACCUUGGUCUGGUUCACCGGGGCUGUGCGGCCUGGGGGGCCGCGGCUCCCGAUGGAAAUCAUAUGACAGGCUAUUUGGGUGACCACGUCUGCUUGGAAGACCUUCAAAGAUAACAGAAGACAGAAAAGCAACAAUAACAACAAAAAAACAACACUAAUGCAUUUGAGAAAGCAGUAAAGAUUGGGGGGAGGGGAGGAAAAAGCACCUGCUUUUCUGAUCCGCAACCUGGCUGGAUGCUAAGAUGUCCGUGGACAUGAAUAGCCAGGGGUCUGACAGCAAUGAAGAGGAUUAUGAUCCAAAUUGUGAGGAGGAAGAAGAAGAAGAGGACGAGGACCCUGGGGACAUAGAGGACUAUUAUGUGGGAGUAGCCAGCGAUGUGGAGCAACAGGGAGCUGACGCCUUUGAUCCUGAGGAGUACCAGUUCACCUGCUUAACCUAUAAGGAGUCUGAAGGUGCCCUCAAUGAACACAUGACCAGCCUAGCCUCUGUACUAAAGGCCGUUGAUGCUCACUGCCAUCGGCUGCAUCGUCCCUAUGGCACUGGUAUCUCAUUCAGUUGCAAAACUUAUAUUAGUUAAUUUCCACUGGCAAGUCUCAGAGAUAUUGGACAGAUUCAAGUCCAAUUCUGCUCAACUGCUCGUUGAGGCUCGAGUUCAGCCUAACCCGUCGAAACAUGUCCCCACGGCCCAUCCCCCUCACCACUGCGCAGUGUGUAUGCAGUUUGUCCGGAAGGAAAACCUCCUCUCUCUGGCUUGUCAGCACCAGUUUUGCCGCAGCUGCUGGGAGCAGCACUGCUCAGUACUUGUCAAAGAUGGCGUGGGUGUAGGAGUCUCUUGUAUGGCUCAGGAUUGUCCCCUCCGUACACCAGAAGACUUUGUGUUUCCGUUACUUCCCAAUGAAGAAUUGAGAGACAAAUACAGGCGCUACCUCUUCAGGGACUAUGUGGAGAGUCACUACCAGCUCCAGCUGUGCCCUGGUGCAGACUGCCCCAUGGUCAUCCGGGUACAGGAACCUAGAGCUCGUCGAGUGCAGUGUAAUCGGUGCAACGAGGUCUUCUGUUUCAAGUGUCGUCAGAUGUAUCACGCCCCCACGGACUGCGCUACCAUCCGCAAAUGGCUCACGAAGUGUGCAGAUGACUCAGAAACAGCAAACUACAUCAGUGCUCACACUAAAGAUUGUCCCAAGUGUAACAUUUGCAUUGAGAAGAACGGAGGCUGCAAUCACAUGCAAUGCUCCAAAUGUAAACAUGACUUCUGCUGGAUGUGUCUAGGGGACUGGAAGACGCAUGGCAGCGAGUACUAUGAGUGCAGUCGGUACAAAGAGAAUCCUGACAUUGUCAACCAGAGCCAGCAAGCCCAGGCCAGGGAAGCCCUCAAGAAGUACUUGUUCUAUUUUGAGAGGUGGGAAAACCAUAAUAAAAGCUUGCAACUAGAGGCACAGACAUACCAGCGGAUUCAUGAGAAGAUUCAGGAAAGGGUCAUGAACAAUCUGGGAACUUGGAUCGACUGGCAGUACCUACAGAAUGCUGCCAAGCUCUUGGCCAAGUGCCGAUACACCCUGCAGUACACCUAUCCAUAUGCAUACUACAUGGAAUCUGGCCCCAGGAAGAAGCUGUUUGAAUACCAGCAGGCUCAGCUGGAAGCUGAGAUCGAAAACCUGUCAUGGAAAGUGGAGCGUGCAGACAGCUAUGACAGAGGGGACCUGGAGAACCAGAUGCACAUAGCAGAGCAGCGGAGGAGAACCCUGCUGAAGGAUUUCCAUGAUACCUAAGCUGGGCAUGACCUGCCGGGGUGAGCAAGAUGUAGGUGUGAGGUCUCCCGGCCGCCAUUACUGCAUGCUGCAGGCUCUGCCUUUCACAACCCCAGGAAAGAAGACGGCCAGGGCCCCCACUCCUGAGAGACACUGGCAACCACACCUCCUUUAGUCAAUUUUGUUUUCUCAUCUUUUUUGCUUUUAGUUCCUACCAGGGUCGAGGUCAUGUUGACUUUGCCUCUUUUUUUUUUUUUUUUCCCCCUCAGGACUUUUACAUCCUCCUUGGAUGAUUGAUUGUUGGGAGGGAGGGAAUGUUUGUUUUCUGAAUGGCUACUCAUAGUAUUAGAUCAUUACAACUUAUGUAAUUUUCAAAGGUUAUACAAUUAAUUAUACACACACACACACACAUACACAAAGGCAAAGCAUAGGAUAACAGAGCCCUUUUUAAAAAUAAAUUAAAUUGGCAUUGGAGUGUUUUACCCUCUAGCUAUUUUCCUUAGAAUGUUACUACAGGCUGCCCACCCACCAUAUCUCAGAAUGCCUAGCCUGCCAGGGGCAUCCCCGGUGGUCUCUGCUUUCCAGCCUUUGGCCCCCAAGUUGGAAGUUCUGUGGGAAAAACCUGGGUGGCCUAGCGAGGAACUGAAUUGGCCUGUAUAAAUAGGCGUGAAGCAUGGAGUCACAUUGUGCUUCCUGUCUUGGCCUGGGCUGCGAGGAGACAACACAGGAACAGGAUUUUCUUCUAAUGGGCUCAUCUCUACUCUUGGAAAGUAAAGUUUACCUGAGUUUGGCUGAGGCCAGAAGCCAUGGAAGAACAUAAGUGGGCUCCGUGGCCCUCCCCAUGGUAGAGGACACAGGUCUAGCAAGGUGCUUCCUUUGUUCUUGGUUGGCCCAAAGGAAAUUGGCUUUACCUUGGGUCCCUCCUUUUGUGCCAGUAUUCAAGGGGUGAAACUCUGACCAUGGGUCACAUAAGGGGUCAGAGUGUGGCAUAACCCUCUUAGGGGCCUUGACCUUCCUGGCUCUAGGGCUAGGAUUGCCCAGUUUGUUUUCAUGCUGCUUGGAGCUAGGGUGGCGGUAUGUUCCCCGCCUUACUUGGUUCCAGCUGUCAGAAGACCCAACCUUUAGAGUCUGGAGCCUUUGAAAGAUCAGGAGAGUCCUUGUUUUGUGAUCCCAGUAUCUCCUUACUCAAAGGAACUGGCCUGAGGAUAAGGGAUGGCUUGUACACAAGUCAUGUGCAGAAGAACGAAACAGCUUGCCUGGUGGCCCCGUCCUGUCUUGAGCCUGGUCCUCUGGGCCUUGGAAAAGUUAGAUCUGUGAUCUCUGCGGUUUCCAUGGCUUUGUUUCGUGCCUCCCCCUCUGAGACUGGCCGAGCAGUCUAUACUUGACAGGGUCUCCUUCCCCUUCAAGGAGAGCCUAUAGGGAAAUCUGUGAAUAUUAUCGUUGCGAUUCUUUGAUAUUCAUAACACUUUUCACCUCCAGUCAACCAUUUGCCAGGUACCACGUGAGCUGUACAACAAAGUCAUUCUCCAAGGCAGAGGACAGCUGUGGUGGUGUUUAUGGCCAGCCGCACAUUCCCUUUCUCCUCAGGUUUUGUCUCUUCAUGUCAUCCCCCAGCAAAGGGAAAGACUGGGGUAGAUUGGGAGAACAAGUUAGAAGGGUAGCAAACAAACCCCAAAGUGUGUGUGGAGGGGGGGGAGACUAUGGGGGUGUCUCUUGUGAACAAGGAGAGAGUGCCUGCCACAAGGUCCAGAGGGAAAUAGUGCUAUGUCAACACCUGGACUUUUUGGCCUUGGGCCUCUCCCAUGAAGUCCUUUCUGUGGCUCCAGCGUGACCCAGGACCCUAGUUACAGCUCUGCAUCGUAAGUCACCUUUGGGCAUUUUCUGGACUGCCCAACUGCCAUCUUCCGUACUUCCAUCAAGCUGUGAAGUUGACUAUUGGGAGUUGCGGGAAACUGAGCCCAGAGCUGCAGCCUGUAGCCUGUGGAGAUCUGCUUCUGUCGCCCCCCAGUGGCUGUCCUUUGUUAACAUCAUCAGGAAGAUGGGAAGAUCAAGCCGAACUACUUUUUUUUUUUUUUUUGCCCUGCUAAGGGUAGAAGAAAAACACAAGUGUUUUAUGAAUUUAUCCAAUCUCUUUUGUUUUUCUUCCAAGAAAAGUGAAUUGAGGCAAUGUCAUCUGCUCCAAGUUGAGUGGUUUAUUCAAAAUAAACUUAAAUUUCUGAUUAUAAA